GGCUGCGGCGCAGGAUCAUUAUAAUGAUAGCACCGCGCAAUAUAUACAAUACCGAAUGAAUUGCGGCAGUACCAAUGAGACAGUCAGUGCAGCUAUUACGGUCCCAGAUCACUACACGGCAACCACAUUGACGCCUAUGCAGUCGUCAGAUCUAAUCUUUCAAACACAGAAGCCGCUAGAAACAGCCGCGCUCAACUGGAGCUCCAACGCGCCAAGGAAUAUAACAAGCCAAUUGUUUUUGGACUUGAAUACGCGUAAAAAAGGGGGACUGCCACUAAAUAGCAUGCCGGCUCUGGGUUUUGUGCAUCGACCAGCCAGCGAGCACGCGGAGUCAGGUACUUUCACAGCUGUAAGGUUUCACCGCGCGACGCUUUUCAAAAGCGUUUCUGGUCUGAGCAGCAGCGACAGCGAUAAUGACAAUGACAACAACAACGACAGCGCCAAUUACCAGCGAGUGCAUUCACCCACUCAAAGUUGCUCUGAUAGGAUCACGUCUGUCAAAAAUCAACGUGUUGGAGAAGGUGCCAAAAGAUCAGUGACGGUCGGCUCUGUGGGUGCCAAGCUCCAAAAUACAAGCGGCACCGCCGCGCCCACUGCGCAUCGGCAGCCCACAGCACCUGCAGUGCCACCUGGCUUCCAAUUUGCAGCUCGAGAAAUUGAGCAAGGAUCGGAGAUGUAUCCAGAUACCAUCGCAGCGCCACAGGGUCUAUUCGUGCGGCGCGAAAUCAACAUGAACAACAGCACUGCUGUUGGAACGCCGCCUUUUCUUGAUACUACAUUACUACCAGUCAAAUGUUUUUCAGGUACGUAA